CUUGAACUAACGCUAAUAUUUGCAUCACACGUCUGUGACAUCACCAAGAGCACAUAGGCAAAACAUUAUGAUAGGGUUAUUUUUAUAAAUAUUUAUUCUACAAAUUCGUACUUGUUACGUCUGCUCUAGUCAAGCAAAGUGAGUUAGAAAAAUCUUUCAUUUCGCACCCGCUAUUCAACCAGAUCACAGCGCACAAGGCAACCAUGAACAACAACGUCAACGGGAUGGUCGAUGGCGAAACGAUAGUGGAAUUUUCAUCCCUUGAUGCAAAAGUGCAUGAGCUCAUCAAUGCCGCUAUCAAGGUACGCAACAACGCCUAUUGCCCGUACAGUAACUUUGCCGUCGGGGCAGCACUUAGAACAAAGACUGGCGAAAUUAUCACCGGGUGUAAUGUCGAGAAUGGCACAUUUGGUCCAAGUGUCUGUGCCGAACGGAGUGCCAUAUGCAAGGCAAUUAGCGAAGGAUUCCGUGAGUAUGAAGCUAUCGCCGUGGUAGCCUAUCAGGAGACGGAGUUUACCACGCCAUGCGGCACAUGUCGACAGGCCCUGUCUGAGUUCUGCCCCAAGGACAUUCCCAUUUACAUCGCAAAACCGUCGCCAGCACGCGUAAUGAUGACGUCAUUGUACAAGUUGUUGCCCCAUGCGUUUCGGCCGACCUUUCUGAAUCAGUAGGGGUGUGGAUGAAUGUGAGAACGAGUGGAACUAGAAGAAAGGCAUUACUUAAAUUUAUAGCUUAGGAGAUUUACGAGUGCUUGGCUAAUAUUUGUCAAGAUAGAACGGUAGGUAGAUAAAACAUAUGUUUUAUCAAUGGAUGAGAUAUUAGGGGAAUUCACAUAGCGCAUCGUAAAACUUUACACAAUCGUAAAAAUACCAGUAGCCGCCAUUUAAGUGUAGCUGAGUUUACGCAUUACGUUUACACGUUUACGACGCGCUAUGUAACGCAAUUGUGAAACAAGAUUGUAACGAUUCGCGUGGUCAAACCACAUAUAGGUGAUAGUCGUCGAUAGAGAUAUGAUAAAAUCAACCCUCGGACUAGAAGAAAACAUAUGAGGCUACAUUAACCAUUGUUUAGUGUAUUUAGAAUGUAGCAAUAUGGUAUUAGAAAAAUAUUCCACCGAUGUUAUCGUAUCAAAUGCUUCAAUCGUAUAUGUUUAAUAAAGCGCACCAUAUUAAAA